AUGCCUUCCUUAGCUUCGCAACGCCUUCUUCCUCAAGAGACAUAUGCUAGAGUCGAAGACUGGAUCUUGAGAGAUGACAAAGACCCGCCGAGAUUCUACAAGAAACUUCUUGCAGACAAGACUUCGGUUCGUGCAACGCAGCCCAAAGCUCUCACCCAGAGCAAUGCUGACGCUACCCUGCCAGAGGUCGGAGGAUGCUCACCCUCCCAUCUCGCCGAUGCAAAGCCUACUGCACUGCAGGAUGAGAAGCUUGAUAGAUACGAGCGCCGUAUGAGGCACAAAACCAAGGAUGACCGAUAUGACUAUAAAGAGACCAAGGUCCAGAAGAAGCUCGAACGUCUUUCGAAGCAUCUCAGGCGAGCAAUCGCCCACAAGUUCCAUGCGCCCAAUGUGGCCCAAGAUCGAUUGACGAUCAACCAUCGCCAAGACUUGGGAAUCUUCAAGAAGGGAAAGGCCUCUUCCCCUAUCAAAUCUAGAGUCCCCAUACUUGGCUUUUCAGAGGAAGACUUCCUGGCAGGAAAACCUCAAAGCCUGACCCCUCGGAAUGAUGUAUCUGAGACGUAUUUCGGAUCGCUCCCAGAUCAUGACACAGCAGAUACAACCAGAUGCGAGCUGCAGAAAUCAAUUCGUCAUGAAGAUCACCGGUCACAACACGGCACAGAUGGGAGAAAUGGAAACUUGCUAAGAAAUGCUAUGAGAUCGCCACGUACUGCCUUGGACCUGUCGUCAGACCCCGACUUGGAAAGCCACA